AGGGCAGUGGCGGGGCAGCGCGUGGUCGCAACUGCUGUCACGGGAUUUGCCGCCAAGUUCGGCAAGCGCCAAGGUGCCGCACGCACCUGCCACAUCGAAUUCGUGGAUUUUACAGCCGGCGUCUUUUUCCCUCUACGACCAGCGAACAAGACCGUCAAGAUGCCUUCCCACAAGUCUUUCCGCACCAAGCAGAAGCUGGCCAAGGCCCAGAAGCAGAACCGUCCCAUCCCUCAGUGGAUCCGUCUGCGCACCAACAACACCAUCAGAUACAACGCCAAGAGACGUCACUGGCGCAAGACCCGCAUCGGUAUCUAA